AGUGCUAUAUAAAGUAAUACGACCACUUACAAUGAACCAAUCGGAGAGGAAAGAUAUAGUCAAAGUGUACAUUCAAGUUCGUCAUUAAUUAACGGACAGGUGUAGAAUGUAGUCAUCAAGAAAACUUGGAGUUAUUUAGCUAGAAAGGCUUUCCGAGAAAGGUGGUCGAUGUAAUCAUGAUCAAAAUGAUAAGGUCUGUUUUGGCAUUGUUCAUGAUUGGAACUGUCUCUCUGUUGGUUAAACUCGAAGCUGUCACUGUUAACGCCACAGUCGAUAACCAUCUUCAGAAGGCGUUACGCUUUGUUCAAGCCGUCCAGAACCAAACUAAAUGCGACAAAGUCGUCUAUCUGGAUGUCCUUCUUGAUCAGCAGCGAUGGACGAAGGAAGCAUUUCUCGUUCUCGAAGUCGCGAAUCUAAUGACUUCACUAUGGAUGUCUAGAAGCCAGAGCAAUCGUUCUAUAGUGGAAGACGACGCGUUCUUGUAUCAUAGUGUGCGCUCAAUAGUUAUGUUUUCACCUCCAUCAUUUGGCUCUGUCAUUUGCUUUGAUAGAAACAAGUACAAAGACUAUUAUCUGUUUUGCCCCUACGCCUUCAAGCCACCCAACAGAAACAACACUAUUAAAGUAUUCGAUAUAGCAUCUCAAGAUGGCGGCUAUGACUACACUACAGAUGAUAAUGCAAUUUGGUGGAGAGACACUAAAGCUAAAGCUAUCAACUUAUUUCCUGCGAAUCAAACAGAGAUCUACGCUGUUCGAUUAAACGCCACGACACACGAGAAGGAGAGAUCCUACACAAUUUCUAUUGUGAGAUAUUCAGAUGGCAUAUGGACGCGUCCGUACUUUGACUGUUUUGGCGGGAAAAUUUGGAUGGUAACUUAUUUGGCGCCAUUCUUCGACGAAAAAAGCCAAUUCUUGGGUGUCGUUAGCAUUGACAUUGAGUUAAUGGACAUUGAUAUCAACCAGUGCGAUGSMAGUCAGACAGACGAAGACAGAAGGUCACGCAUGGAUCAAGUAGCAGGGGGUGGCAACUCUGAAAGGCUCGUGGAAUUUCUUGGGACACAUCGUUGCAAGUCAACCACAACCAAGUGCGUACAUAUUCCACAUCAAGGGUUCGUGCGUGGUAGUUACAAAUGUGAGUGUAGAGAGGGCUACUAUUUCCCAGACGUCGAGGCCAAAGAAAGAUUCUUCAAAGGCACAGACGUGGAAGGCGCAUACGAUGACUUCUUAGAGAGAAAGAAUCAACAAUACGACACAGGCUUCGAGUGCCUAAAAUGCAGCGAGGGAUGCCAGGAGUGUAUUGAUGCCARCCCUUGUACAUACAGCAACAAUCUUCUACUGAGAAUAUUUUUAGCUGUGGUAAAUGGUUUUGUACUCUUGAUGACAAUAGGAUUUGGUNCGUCCAGUCCACGAUUCAUUAUCAUCACUAUCCUAGGUGUUAUUAUGAUGUACAUCAAGCCUUUUGUGGAUCUGUCGAAUCCCACCAACAUCCUCUGUAUCGUGGACCAGUGGUUACAUCAUCUGGGCUUUGCAGUUGCCAACAGCUCCAUCAUUAUCAAGACAUGGAGAGUAGCAGUGAUAUUCCGCGUUCGUUCUGCCCAGCGGAUGGCGCUAACAGAUGCGGUACUGUUGCGUCGUUUGUUGAUCAUCUUAAUGGGUUACGUCAUCUACAUGCUAUUUUGGACCAACAUCAAUCCACCUACGGUAUCCCAGUGGAAGACCUCCGAUGGUUUGAUGUUUGAUCGUUGCAUUCUUAACGAGUGGUUGGAAGUCAUCGCAAUUGUGGGCGAUCUUGGUCUGUUAUCAGUAGCAGUGAUAUUCCGCGUUCGUUCUGCCCAGCGGAUGGCGCUAACAGAUGCGGUACUGUUGCGUCGUUUGUUGAUCAUCUUAAUGGGUUACGUCAUCUACAUGCUGCUUUGGACCAACAUCAAUCCACCUACGGUAUCCCAGUGGAAGACCUCCGAUGGUUUGAUGUUUGAUCGUUGCAUUCUUAACGAGUGGUUGGAAGUCAUCGCAAUUGUGGGCGAUCUUGGUCUGUUAUCGUGGGGUAUGUUGGUGUGUUAUCGAGUMAGGAACGCGCCCUCCGCUUACAACGAGAGUAAAUUCGUCAGCUGGGCCAUCUACAACUCUAUGUUUGUCACGUGUUUUUCAACCGUGCUCAGGUUCACCAUCCGAAACAGCACGAACCCUGAUGUCAUGUUCGCCCUGGAGUUCGUAUUCAUUCACACUUCAGCAACGACGACGAUGCUAUUGAUUCUUGUGCACAAGUUUGUGCACAUACGCAAGGCAAAGCAAGUAAUCAAUGACGUCACAAGUAUCCAUAAUGCAUCAGGGGCUGGGAACAAUGUAAGAGAACGUGUCCACAUGACUGAAGACAAUCAACCAAUCAACAUSGAAUGUGAAGAAUUACGGGGUGAAAUACAACGUUUGUCUAACCAGGUAGCCAACUUGCAAGCCAAACUACUCCAAGAAAAGAACAAUUCUACUCCACAGAGAAGAGAAAGUCGACUGAAAUGCCUUGGUUUUGGGUCAGUAGAAAAGAGAAAAACCACCGUGACAGCCACAACUAGCAACACGCUAAACGAGGACCAACUUGAUGACAAACCUUCGGUUAUUUUCGUUUCUUAAUCUGAAAGGAGUAUGAAAAAACACGAAGAUAAAACCACAGGCAACCCAAGCUCACUACAUUUACAAGAGAAUGUAUGGAGAUUUAGCCGGAAUGUGCCGUAUUUUAUUUGAAAAAAUAAAAUUAAACGCAAAUGAAAGUUUGUCGACUUACCUGUUGUGUCAUUUUGUUUAUUUUGAACUCCCGUAUGCAGUUUCAGCGAGUUUUGAAUGGUCGACAAAAUUGUUAUUCACAUUCUCUUAUUAAUGUAGUGAGCUUGGGUUGCCUGUGUUAAAACAUUUAUUUACGUAAGACAAGCAAGUACAAAGGACUUCAAAAACGCCACACUUUUAGAGUGCUGCUCUGACGAAAAUCGCUUGAACUUGGAUUCAGCUGAAACUUCCUAAGAAUA